AUGGUGGUGCAGAAUAAGCUGGACACGGGGGACCCCAGGAAAGCGGUCCUUUUGGAGCCAUUCAUCCAUCAGGUUGGGGGCCACAUGAGCAUGAUGAAAUAUGAUGAGCACACCGUCUGCAAGCCCCUCAUCUCCCAGGAGCAGUGGUUCUACGAGUCGCUCCCCACAGCCAUUAAGCAGUUCACGCCUCAGUACAAAGGUAUCAUCUCGGUGUGCCUCAGAAAGGACAGCUUGGGCAACCUAGGCCUGAUAGCCAGCCCCAGCCUGCCGACCGACAACUGCAGUUCCUUGGAUAAGGAGCAUUCGGUGAUGCUAUGUCAGGAGAUCAAGCGGACAUCGACCACCAGCAGCGAGCGCUUGUUUGUCAAAUGGAGUCAGGCACCUUUCACAAAGACCAUCAAAGACAGCGGCCCAGGGAAGGCGCUCCUGAGGACGGAACUUCAGUACCGUACGGACGUCUCUUCGCUCAUGGAGGAUACAAAUGGGAACCAGCCAGAAAGAAAGAGCUAUAACCCCUGGGGACUGCACUGCCACCAACUGCACCUGAACCGCAUGUCCUCCAAACUUGAUGAGAACAAACUACAUCAGUUUCUGUUGCUUGAAAACGUGGUGUCAAAGUAUCAAUAUCCCUGCAUUCUGGACUUAAAGAUGGGAACCAGGCAGCAUGGAGAUGAUGCAUCAGAAGAGAAGAAAGCACGCCACAUAAUGAAGUGUGAACAGAGCACUUCUGGAUCUCUUGGAGUUCGCAUCUGCGGAAUGCAGGUUUACCAAGCAGAUACUGGCCAAUUUCUCUGCAAAGACAAGUAUUAUGGAAGGAAACUAUCACCCGAUGGCUUCAGACAAGCCCUCUACCAGUUCCUUCACAAUGGUAACUGCCUCAGAACAGACCUCUUGGCACCCAUUGUGUCACAGCUAAAGGCUCUGCUUUCAGUCAUCAAAAACCAGAGCUCCUAUCGAUUCUACUCCAGCUCCCUUCUCAUCAUCUAUGAUGGACAGGAACCCAAGGAGAAUAAAGAAACCUUAGACAACCAUCCUCAGGGGUGUUUUCAGAACAUAAACUGCACCAUGCCACAUGGGACUGGUCACCCCAAAGUUGACGUCCGCAUGAUAGAUUUUGCUCACACCACUUAUAAAGGUUCAAAGUAUAAUCACACCAUCUACGACGGGCCAGACCACGGCUAUAUUUUCGGUCUAGAAAAUCUUGUCAACAUUCUUGAGAAUACUAGAGAAGGAGAAUGA